AUGAAGACCAUAGCAUUGGCCGGAGCGACGACUGGCUUUGGUCUUACUGUCCUCGAUCACUUUCUCAAGUCGCCACACCCAUAUACCUUGGUCCUUCUCACACGCUCACCACAACCACACCUCUCAGUCCAGGGCAUUGAUGUCAGGCCCAUUGACUACUUAGACCACAAGACUCUAGUCUCGGCUCUCCAAGGUGUACACACUAUCCUCUCUUUCAUCGGCGGCAGUGCAUCUGCCCUUCAGGACGCCCAACUCUCCCUCCUGUCUGCAGCAAAAGAAGCUGGCGUUACUCGUUUCGCACCCUCGGAAUACGCAGGAAAAGGCUAUGAUGGUAUAGACAUAUACGCAGGCAAAGCCAUCGUAUGGGAUGCCGUAUGUAAGAGCGGGCUUCAAUAUACCCGUUUCGACUGCGGCAUCUUCAUGAACACCUUCGCAACAGGAACCCCGUAUGGUGAAAUCGAAGCCCUGGCUAACCUCCGUCCCUGGAACUUCGUCAUCAACAUGAAAGCCGGUACGGCAGAGGUUCCGGCUUCGGGCAAUGACAAAAUCGUCUUUACAGAGAUGAACGAUGUGGCUCGAUUUGUUAUUGCUUCCCUCGAGUUGGAAGUCUGGCCAGAGGUGUUGGACAUGAGAGGCGAUGUCAAGACGUAUCGCGAAGCCAUUUCCAUUGCGAAGAAAGUGCAGCGCAGAAGAUUUCUGAUCAGAGAGGAUAGUGUCAGCGCCAUGGAGAAGCAGAUGAAAGAGUUGCCCGAGACCAGUUUCUAUAACCAGGUUAGGAUUGCUUUGACGAAAGGGUGGGGACUCGUGGGCGACGACUUGAAUAAAGCGUUCCCUAACAUUGAACCUAUGAGUGUGGAAGAUUACAUGAGGAGAUGGUGGGAAGGUGUCCAGCUGGAGGAGCCAAACUGGGGAGGUGCGAACAAGACUUUUGCAUUUGAUUAG